CGGAGGUUGAAUCGGGUUUAACCAAAUCUGGAGUCUCCCGUAUAUUUUGUCCGGUGCCAAAUUUCAACCCUAGGCCUGAUGGUGACCUUCCUCGCCCUCUGAACUGCGUUGCAAAGUUUGCCCCUUUGUUCGUUGUACAGUGCUUCCGAAGUUCCGAAAAUCCGAAAACCGCCAACUCCUUCUAGGACUUCCGAGUUGGAACCGUCAACUUUGGUCAAAAUGUUCCGCCAGCAUCUUUUGACUGACCAAGAGAAAAGAGCCGUCGCUUGCGACCUUUGUUAUUCAAAAAAGAUCAAAUGCGAUAGAGAAAUAGAAUGCCAAAAUUGCAUCCAGGCGAAUGUCCAAUGCAUUCGGUCACGCCCGAGACGUAUUCGUGGCACCGGGCCAAGCCCUAGGACAUUAGCGAAAGCGCCGAGGGUCCCCAAGCAGCUGCAGAAUACAAUUGGCGAAGACGGUUCCGGCCAAUACAGUUGUUUCCCCGUCAAUAAAUUCCCAAGCGAAAGACCUCGCACUUUGACGCCAGAGGAAGCUUCAAAGGAGAAGGAAACACAGACAGACACAAGUUUGGCUCGUGUAUCAGGGGCUGAGAGUUCCUUUCAUCCGCUAAUCGUGCCCGAGCAUAAUACUGCUAAUCAGAACGUUGGGACCGAUAGCACAAGUAACUUGAUUCGACAGGAGAUCGUUACCAACGCACAUCUGUCAUUGGACCGAGUACGAGUGCUUGAAUCAGCCCUGGGGCUUGUUGGAAGAUUCGUGACCGCAUCUCAGCUUGUGGAAACCACACAGCAUGAGCAAGCCGUUGACAGCGACCCAUCCCCGCCGGAGAAACUUCGUCCUGAACUUUUCUUCAUGUUACUUAAAGACCAGCGGAGCGAUAAUGGCGCCAAGGAUGAUGGUGGACCCCUGGUCCAUUGGCCAGAUCAUAUCUCACCCAAGACAUUGGAGCGGAUGUGUCUGGCAUUGCUGAGUGGAGCUGUGUGUGGAAAUCUAGCGCUCCAAUACAGUCUAUGCGUCCUCUGCAAAGCCACGGUUUACGUUAGUCGAUGGCUACGAUUUUGUACGCCUGGGGCCUUGUCGGACUCGCUAGAAAAGUCGAAACAGUCCUAUAUUGAGAACAGUUUGCGAUGCAUGAAGGCAUCUUUGGUGCACCUUCUUGGUCAAACCAGUCGUUCGUGGUUCCUAACCUCUUUGGCAUCGAGGACUUUUGUAGCCCUCGGAUACCACAGGUUAUCUCCGUCCGUUCUUGAAAGCGACGACUCAUCCGAAAUACGCCAUUGUACUUAUUGGUGCUACUAUAUGGACAAAACCUUGAGCAUGCUUCUUGUUAGGCCUUCAUCCUUGCCAACCCUGCGACCAGACCCGGCAAGCUUGGUGUAUACAAGAAUCAGCGAUCCUUUAUCUUGCAAAGUUAAGGUUUUAGUCAGACUCGCUCGCGUCCAAGAUCUCUACCUUGACAUUGUGAUUCAAGGCCGGAAGGCGGAAGAGCCCUGUUCGAUCGAAUUGGUAAAUUCACUUCAGCUCGAAUUAAACUCCAUCCGCCUGAGUAUCAUGCAAUUUCGACCAAGGUAUAUUGACAUCCCCUCUCUGGACUUCGAAUGGGAUGCUCUCGACUUUACGUUCUUCUCAAUCGCAACCACAGUCCUCCGUCUAAACUAUAUGACCCUACACGAUCAUGCGAAGCGGGAAGAAUGUGUUCAGUGUGCGCGAAAGGCGCUUUUGUCAAUGAGAGCAUGCCAGACACAUAUAUCUACGACGUCUAAGAUCAACACAGACUUUCUUUUUUGGACUAUACUUCUUUACCCUCUCACGCCGUUCUUUGUCAUCUUCUGCAAUGUUGUCGCUACCUCGAAUAUGCAGGAUCUCGAGCUUUUGAAAGAAGCGACUGCAACUAUUUCGAGCAUACGAGACCAAUGCUCCUUUAGCAUUAAUCUUCAAAACUUAUUAUCGCAUUUGAUAGGUCUGUGUUCCAACCUGCACGAUGUCCACAGGCGACAAAGCUCUUUCCAACGGAGCAACGGGAACAUAUCAUGGAUGGGUGACAUUGGGUUUUCUCCCCACAGUUCACGGCGGUUGCCAGCUGAUGCUUCGGCAGGCAAUGACCGUGCCGAAGCUACGGUACAUGGUGGCCAAUUUCCCACCCCUUCUGCGAGUACAAAUAUACCUGUGGACGGCCAUUCCCCGAACACCGUGCAAGGCAGCUGUGAACCCGGAGAAUCUUCAAUUUGGGAUGAUGGACUCAUGUCUGAACUUUUCAAUAUACAGCCCUCUGUGGAUUGGUUUGGCUUGGAGCAUGGCGAUGUCUUAGGUUGUUUGCCUCCUUGACCUAGAGCUUGGUGUAAUUUGUACUACGGUUAUCCAAGGGGUUUUAUUGUUCGACCAAUAUAAGCUUUAUG